AUGAUGAGUUUUAAAUUGUAAAACCAAAGCCUGAGCUAUUUUCUUUGAAACACAAUCUGAAAUCUCAAGCUUAAUCAUGGCAAGAGUUGAGCUGAAAAAACCAUCGCAGUAUACAGCUGGACCCGUAACCAGUGCUUCAAUCAGAGGACCGCUGAAUGUGCUACAGAUGAUUGCAACAUCAUGCUAUGGACCAACUGGUAGGCUCAAACAGGUCCAUAAUGGUAGUGGAGGUUAUGUUAUUACAACAUCACAGUCCUCUGCCUUACUUGGUGGCUUGUCUAUUACCCAUCCAGUCUUACAGCUGCUUGUGUCUUCCGUCCGUAAUCAUGUAUCUAGUUUUAACGAUUGUGGACUCUUUGCAACAAUUCUUUGCUGCAACCUCAUUGACAGAUGCAUGGCUUUACCUUUGUCCCCUCACAAGAUAAUAACUAUAAACAAGAGUCUUUUGAACAUGUGCUUGCGUUACCUGACAUCGGAUGACUGUGCAUGCAAACUAAAGGUAGAUUUUAGCUGUAACUCCUCCUUUUUUGAUCUAACAAGAUCUGUGCUUCGCAGUAAGCCUGCUUGCAUGCUUACCACACAAGAAGUAGAUUACGUUACCAUUUUAGUGGUCAAAGCCUUUCUCUUCAAAGUCCCUGUAGAGAGCAGAUCUAAUGUAUUAGGGAGGACCGUGAUGGUCCCUGUCGAAGGUCUGAAUGUAAUGGAGUCCACCUUAGUUCCUGGUGUUCUCAUUGAAAUGCCAGGUAGCAGUUGGAACAGAAUCUUAGCAAUGUCAGACUUGCCUCCUGAAAACAUUAAUUUGGCUUUGUUUUCAGCCUCUCUGUCUGGAGAUUUUAGUGAUACAGGAGAUGGCUCUGUGGAGGUGGUGGAAGGUGUAGACCCUGAAAAAGUCAUGCUGGAACAGUUGUUGGCUUUAGGAAAGCGGUUAGUGGAUGACCAUGUUCACAUACUCGUCUGUCAAAAAGUUAUUCAUCCCUGCCUGAGGCAGUAUUUAAAAGAGCAGAAGAUCCUUGCUGUGGAAAGAUUGGGAGCGGCUUUAAUGGAACCACUAUGUCAAAUGACAGGUGCGCAGUCUAUAGCUUCCCUAAGCUUACUUUCCUCUGCUUGCUAUGGCAGCCUCAGGCAAAUCAGCAAAAUGUCCCAUGGAAACAAGCAGUACUUGCAUCUUAUUCCCUGUGACACGUCAGUGUGCAGCUUUGUGCUCUGCAACCGUAAUGAGACGUCCCUGAAAGAGCUCGUGAGAGUUUGCCAGACUGCAGAACACACUUUAAAUCAACUGCUUAAGGAUCCCUGGCUGCUCCUUGGAGGCGGGUGUACCGAAACACAUUUAGCUGCAUAUGUCCGCUAUAAGAGUGCCAAUAUAGACAGCGACGACCUGGAAGAGCAGAACUGUUCAAUGGCAGAGUAUAAACUGGUGUCAGACUGCUUCUCUUCUUGUUUAGAAUCGGCAGCACGAAGUUUGGAACAUGAUGGUGGAGACACACUUACUGAUCUCCAGGAUGGUCACUUCUGGUCUAUUCCUCCUAAUUCUACUCAAGACUUCCAUUGUAUAGAUACUGAACAAGGGUGUGGCUGUCGGUUACUCAGAAAGGGUGAUGGCAUAGAGUGGUGCAUGCUAGGCAGUACCUACAAACCAUUCAGUGCACGAAGCGGCACAAAUAUAUUCCCAUUAUUAGUGAACGAAGGAUCACUGGUUGUGGAUAGUUACACUGGAAAAUACAAUGGACUUAAGGUGGCUGUCGACACAGCUGGGCUGAUUUUGGACCUGGCAUAUGUUAUUAAAGAUGAAAACUGAGUGUGAUUGUUAAAUGUAUAGCCUUCUAGUGUGAAAUGUGUUAA